AUGCCGAGUUCGAAGAAGGACAGAAAGAACGCGAAAGAUGGUGCAGUUAGCGCCGCGGUGACGAAACUCGCCGCGGGCAAGUUCGCAAACGGCAGCCCUUCCAAGAGCCCUCCGUCCGAUGCAUCGUCGCCUCCCGUUCAUUCUCCCGACAUUAGACCCAUAACUCAAGACCCGUCCCCAUACGAUGGGCACCCCACCGUCUCGCCCGCUCUGGAUGCACUUUCCACCACAUCCGCAUCGGCUGCAAGUACAAACCACGACUGGGCAAGAGGAGGGCUCGCUGGCUCUCCAGGCAACUUGAUCAGUCUCAUGGGCGAAUCGCCGCCCACUCAACCUUCCUCCUACGAAGACUCUGGUCGCCUCCACCACGGAUGGGCCGUCCAGCGCCAGUCUCUGACGCCCCAGACUGCUUCGCCAUCCCCUCCCAACAGCAUGCCAAACCAUAUGAAGCGGCCUCUCAGCUUCCAGAUGGAUGCGCAGUUUCCCCUUGAAGCCUACCAUCAGCCGGCUGCAGCUGCAGCAUACCGUCGCAGCUCCAUGCAGUCGCAAAUGUCCCACGCCCGAGUAGGCUCCCAACCCCCGCUCCCUCAUCAAGCCCAGCCGCAUUUUUACAGUGCUCCUGACAUCGACUUUGAUAUGGCUUCCAAGGCCGGCAUGAAAGCCGGCGAUAAGGGCUAUUACUUUGGCUUCGAUACACUCCCUGCUGCACACAACGAAUUCGCUCCAGGAUCAGACAAUGUUGCCCUGGCGGGCUAUGAGGGUGGUCUCGAAGUUUAUUCAGUCAGCAAGCGUGGCUUAGAUCGGGUUGCCGGCCUCAAAGGGUUGCGAGGAGGCGUAUACGAUGCCAAGGUCCUUCCUUGGUCAACUCCUGGAGACAAGGCCGAUGAUUCUCCGCUCGUGGCUGUCGUCAUUCACGGGCCUGUGCUACCACAAACAUCGCCAGAGAUCGCAAUUCAAGCGGCAAACGACAACAUUACCGAAGACAGAGCUGAUGUGCCAGGUAGCCCUCGAGCUGAUGGCAGCCAGAAGGGAGGCCCUUCCGGCCGAUUCACGCCUGCCAUCGAGUUCUACCAGACGUCAGUCGAGCUAUAUUCACUCAAGACAGGCAAACUCGUCGACGUGCUUCUACAAGCUCCAAAAGUCCCGCUGGCAACACCCGUAACGAGCCCGAUCUUCAAGGCGCCGCCGCCGACGGGCGCAUUCACGAUCAAAGCUGAUGCUGGAAACAUUGCAAUCGCCUCUGGAGUGAGUGGAGAAUGCUGGGUUUACCGUUCUAUCCUGGAUUCCAAUGACGGCACAGUUCGCUUCGGUUGUGUUGGUAAACUCUGGACCAGCCUCCAACAGCCCCCUCGAGGAGAGGUUGCCGAGGAUGCUGAACGCCGCCACUCACCUGCGCCUCCUCGUCCCAACCCGCAGACCCCAAUCCUAUCGCUCAACGGGAAGUGGAUUGCCUACUGCCCUCCAGCUGCAUCUUCGCAAAUCGCUCUGCGCGCUCAUGUACCGGUGGUCAUUCUCGGCAAAGCCCCGGGCAUCUCUUCGGUGACGUCUCCUGUGCUACCCGCGGUCACCGGAUCUGUUGAUUCUCCCAUGGCCGAGAGCAUGGUCAACAAGAUUAUGCGUGAAACAACGCAAGAGUUGAUCUCGGGAGCAAAGUGGGUUGGCCAGCAAGGACUGUCGGCCUGGAAUUCGUACUGGAACAAGAAUGCGAACCAGGCGCCUCCGAUGCAGUCUCGAUCCCCUCCUGUGACAGCGCAGCAAUGGGCAGGAUCGUAUCCUCCUCGACACGACGCAAACCAAUUCCCGCCGACUCACGGUACACCUGGUCAAGCAGUGACUAAAGACCCCGGUCUGGUCUCUAUCCUCGACAUGGACAGUUUGCCAACUUCGGCCACCUUGCACCCGCUCAUCACCUUUGCAUCUCCACUUGGCUGCAGCUUCCUGUCCUUUUCACCGACUGGGCUAUCUCUGUUCACGGCAAGCGGCAAGGGCGACGUGCAGACUGUAUGGGAUCUGAUGUGCAUUCAGUACACCAAGUCGUCACCUCUUCAGGUGAUCGCGGCUAACAACGCAGUCGGCCCACGAGUGCGCCAGGUUGCGCAAUUCUCACGGAUGACCGUUGCUCGGAUCGUCGACGUGGCUUGGUCGAAACCCAACGGGGAGCGGAUUGCAAUGGUCACGGAAAGAGGAACCGUCCAUCUCCUUGAAAUGCCUUUCAGUGCCUUCACCUGGCCGCCGCCUCGCCGGCGCAAGGCCACGGAAGAAAACGGCGCUCCUGCGUCAGAUGCACCUAACUCAGCUGUAUCGAUCGCAUCCAGUGCCUUUGGCGCUGCCUACCAUGCCGCCAGACCUUUGAUCACUCGGCCGCGUAGGAGCAGCGUGAACGCUCAAGGCUUGGCCGGCGGCAACUUUGUCGAUUCAGCCAGCGUUGGAGGAAGAGCCAUUGCUGCGAGCAUCAGUCAUUCCCUGGGCAAAACCGGCGUCGCCAUAAACCAGCUGCGCCACACGGGAGACAACCGCGUUUCUUUGCCACAAAGCUCGCUUCUGCCAGCUUCAUCAUGCGUCGUAUGGAUCACUGGUAGAAAAUACCAUACUCUGUAUGUGGUUGGCGACGGCCUAGUGCGAACGUUCCCAUCCAAGACUCGUCGGCCGUCGGCGGCUGCCAGCAAGCAGCGCACACCUCGAGGAGUUCGAUACAAGGACUUCAAAGUUCCGGCACUCCCCGACGAUGGCUUCUCGCCAGCUGUUCGGCAAUUCAUCGACUCGGACGAGUAUCUGGACCUGUCAGACCGAGAAAUGGACGUGGGCAAGACGCUGACGCUUGACCCGCGCGCCAGACCGCUCCAAGUCGACCUGAGUGCGGAAGCAUCCAUCCCGCAAGCCGAGAUCGAGUCCAGCGCACCAUACCAGCCUUUCCAUACCGACAGGCGAGUGGCUUUGUAUGAGUAUGCAAGUCCACCAGCGGCCUUGGCUCCAUCGCUUGCUGUACUGAUGGCCGAUACCACACUGGAGGAUCACGCAACGCCCAAGCAAAAGAAGAGACAGCAGCGUGUUCGCGCUCAAGAAACAACUCUUGAGACAAACUACUCGCAACCUUGGGCAUUUGGUCAGCCACUCAACCUGGUGAAGCUCGAUACUGGACACCUCUCAGUUUCAGAAGACGAAUUCAACAUUUCGGAUGAUCACCGCGCGCUCCCGCUUUCUUCGAUGGAGAGAGUUAUGCACCGUGGAGAGAACGGCGAUGAGAUUGUUGUUACAACCCGACGACGACGUGGGGCGAGGCACACGGAGGAUGAGGAUGGCUUUUUCGAGGAUGACUGUGAAGUGCUUGACUUUGCAGAUCAGAGAGUUUGA